GUGACACCAACCACAAACACAAAUGUCAGUAUUUACCUUCGAUGCUAAGGCUGGAAACCCAGUUACUACUGAUACCAUUGUAUCACUUGCGAACGAAUUGGGAGUCAAGGAACACACCCAAAUAGAAUUGGAACAGUAUAAGACUUUAUUGGCGGUUUUCCACGAUGCCUGUGAAGAGCUUGAUGAGAUGGAUGACUACCUUCCUGAAGUUGACUACGAAAGAUUCCCUAGAAAAGACCCCUACUUCCCUCAACCAGAGGAUAACAAGUUAGGUGCCUGGGGUUACAAAUGUGAAGUCAAGGACUUGAAGUACACGGGAGGUGGCUUGCUCGACGGUAGUAACAUUGCUGUCAAAGACUGCAUUGCCAUUGCAGGCGUACCAAUGCUUUUGGGAACAAACUUUGUCAAAGAUUAUGUUCCAAAAACAGAUGCGGUCGUCAUCACCAGGCUCAUGGAAGCAGGUGCUACUAUCCAGGGUAAAGCUGUGUGUGAAAACUUGUGUCAUUCGGCCACUUCUCAUUCAGCUGGAACAGGUCCUGUUCACAAUCCUUUGGCUAUUGGCUAUUCCACUGGAGGAAGUUCUUCCGGAAGUGCUGCUUUGGUGAUGGAUCCGGAAGAAGACAUUGAUAUCACCAUUGGGGCGGAUCAAGGUGGUUCAGUUAGAAUUCCAGCAGGUUGGUGUGGAGCUGUUGGACUUAAGCCUACAUUCGGUCUUAUUCCUUUUACUGGGUGCGCUGGUAACGAGGCAACCAAUGAUCAUUUGGGAGUUUUGACAAGAGAUGUAUUGACCAAUGCCAAGGGUCUUCAGGCGAUUGCUGGAAGCGAUGGUAUAGAUGAUAGAAGUUUUGGUGCUCAAACCUCUGAUUACUAUUAUGAUUUGCUUGAUCUUUCCGACCCAAAAUGCUUGAAAGGCUUGAAAAUUGCCAUUUUGAAAGAAGGGUUUGAAAACAGAGCUGUUGAACAAAGAGUCAAGGAUACUUGCUUAGCUGCGAUUAAGAAAUUCAAAGAGUUGGGUGCAACUGUAGAAGAAGUCAGCAUUCCUCUUCAUUCCAAGGGUGCUUUAAUCUGGACUGGUGUCUCAAAGAUUGGUGGUUAUUUGACGAAGAUGGGUAAUAACAUUGGUAGAAGAGGAGUGUCAUUGAACGACCUUACGCAGAAGUUUCUUGAGGCGGCCCAUACCCAAGAAAACUGGGACCAAGCUUAUCCAUCAUCUAAGAACAUCUACUACAAUGGCAUGUAUGCUGAAAAGAAGUUUCCUGGAUUAUACGGGAAAUGUACCAACUUAUCAAGAAAGUUAAGAGAUCUGUACAAUAAGGUAUUGGAGGAAUAUGACUUGAUUGUUUUACCAAACUUGCCAUACAUUGCACGUUCUCAUGCUGAGAUUGGACCAAAUGCAACCCCAUUAGAGUUAAUUGGGAAGCAAGUCGGUUUGAGUUCAAAUACUGCUCCUUUUGAUCAAAGUGGACACCCUGCAUUAGCUCUUCCCGUUGGAAUGUUACCUAUCUUAGAGGGGCCUUUGGCAGAUAGUGGUACCAAACUUCCAGUAUCACUUCAAAUUGUAGGUCAGUGGUUUGAUGAAAAAACGGUUUAUAGAGCUGCCUAUGCUUUUGAAAAGAGCUACAAUUGGAAAGACCUUUAGUUACUACUUUUUGUUCAUAUGCUUUUAAUAUAGCCAUGAAUACGACC